CACAUCAGCUCUCAUCCGCCAUGGACCUCUAGAUAUCUGACCCGGGCACAGAUGGGAUGAAAAUGCGGCGGCACCGGGUGUUCCUGCUCUGCACGGUGGGCCUGUGCGUCAUCUCCUUCCUCCACUACUACAAGGCGCUGCACUAUGUCUCCCUGCUGCGGGAGCUCUCCGCCCCCUACCCCAACAUCAAGUCCUUCAUCAUGGUCUCCGGCUUCUUCUGGAGGGAGAAGGGCGUGGCCUCCACCCCGAUCAGCCCCGCCUCCCCCGAAGAGGCCCCACCCUUACCGGUUAUCCGUCAGCCGGACGCCAAAGCCAGAGGCGCGUCGGGUGCUGCGGGAGGAGGAGGAGGCGGAGGAGGAGGCGGGGAAGGAGGAGGGAAGGGUCUGGGGAUCGGUGGGAUCAUGGUCGGAGGUGGUGGGGUUAUUAGCAGCGCCGGGCUGGAGAUGAGGCUGAGGGAGGAGGCGGCGGCUCCGUACCCCUGGGAGAAGCCUGAGGAGAACCAGCGGGGGGGUUCUCAAGACGAGGAGAGGGUUGAGGACCGUUUGCGACCGCAGAACCCCAACCUACAAGUUCAACCUGCUGAGCAUGACCUCCCAUUUGCUGGAAAAGACCACAGGGGGGGGUCCCUCAGGGAUCAAUUGCCGGACUCCUUGGAAUUCUUGGGAGACAUCCACACACACACACACCAGCUGAAAGAGGACAAAACACCGUACUUUGCCCGAACCAAAGCCGGGGCUCUUUGCUUUAGGCAGGGGACAGAGGUGGCUACACCCAAGGAGUACUCGGGGAAAUCAGGGGGGGCCGCGGCCAACGGAGCCGGGGAAGGGGCUCGGGCCGGGGGUGCUGGGCAACGGAAACCUCUGGAGGUCCAGCAGCAGCCCUCCAUAGCGCCCAAGGCCAAGACGAGGGCCAGGGGCAACGGGAAGCGGCUGGUGAAGUGUGUGUGUCGGCCGGGGUGGCACGGACCUUACUGUGGGGUUCCCACCAUGGUGUAUCACUCCAACCUGCCCACCAAGGAGCGGCUGACCCCCAGGGAGACGCCGCGGAGGGUGAUCAACGCCAUCAACGUCAACCACGAGUUCGACCUGCUGCACGUGCGCUUCCGCGAGCUCGCCCAAGCCGUCGAUCUGUUCCUCGUCUGUGAAUCCAACUUUACUGCCUACGGCGAGAGACGGCCGCUGAGUUUCCUGCGGCUCCUCCUCAACGGUACGUACGACUACGUGCGUCACAAGAUCCUCUACGUGUUCCUCGACCACUUCCCAGACGGCGGGCGGCAGGACGGCUGGAUCGUGGACGACUACCUGCGAACCUUCCUGACGCAUAACGGCAUGUCCCGGGUGGUCGGCGCCCGGCCGGACGAUGUGUUUGUCAUCAACGACGCCGAUGAGAUCCCAGCACGCGAGGGCCUCCUCUUCCUCAAGCUGUUCGACGGCUGGACAGAACCUUUCGCCAUCCACAUGCGCAAGUCCCUGUAUGGAUUCUUCUGGAAGCAGUUCGGCUCUCUGGAGGUGGUCUCGGGCUGCACGGUGGGGAUGCUCAGCGACGUGUACGACGGCGACGGGAUCAAACUGCGGCGCCGGGAGUACUACACCAUGCCGGGGUUCCGCAAGUACGAGAACGACACGGGCCACAUCCUGGUGCAGUGGUCGGUGGGCAGCCCCUUCCACUUCGCUGGCUGGCACUGCUCCUGGUGCUUCACGCCCGAGGGCAUCUACUUCAAGCUGGUGUCGGCGCAGAACGGAGACUUCCCGCGCUGGGGAGACUACGAGGACAAGCGAGAUCUCAGCUACAUCCAGGAUCUGAUCCGAACCGGGGGUUGGUUCGACGGCUCCGUGCAAGAAUAUCCUCCGGCGGACCCCAAAGAGCACAUGUACGCCCCCAAGUACAUGCUGGAGCACUUUGAGAGGUACCGCUACCUCCUUCAGAACCCGUACAGCCGGGUGUCCGGUCCGAGCGAGGGCUAGGAGGUCGGCCGGGCGGACACACGUGAGAUAACUAGCAGGGCCCGGGUGGGGCCUCGGCACUGAGUGGGACGGAACGGUACUGAUGAACUGCAUCUCUCCUUGGAGGGAUACUACAUGUAUCUCCACCAGGCAGCACUGAUGUUGCAGAGAUAAGAGAUCUCUAAAAAAAAAAAUCUUUUUUGGGGGAGGGGUUAAAAAAGGGAAUCACAUCCACCAUGGAUUAACGAUGAGGAUACAACCA